UACAGUACGGCAGCCAUAAAUUACGGGCUUCACCUGAACGCGUCACUCCGGUGCAGCCAGAGGCGUUCAGUUACCUCAGACAGAGAGCAGUGAGAUAGCAGUAAUUUGACACAGGUAGAGGCACGCGGAUUAAAAUGAUUAAUAGGCGAUAACAGCGGGGUUUACUCUGAACCUGGACCGAGUGAACCUUAGUCAAGUUCAGAGUCAUGGUCGUUUGAGAAGAGCCGUUAACAUUCCGACUGAAUCCACCUUACAAGUUGUUAUUUUACUUAUUUUAAGCGAAAGUGCGUCUGCAACGUCGGAUGGCUAAACUACCAGGAAAUGCCGGUGUGUCGGUGCUCGGGGACAAGUCGCUGGAGUUUUACCGGGACCCGUUGAGCUUCUGCCAGCACAGGAUCGAGAAACACCGGAGCAGAGUGUUUCAGACCCGCAUGCUCAACAGACCGACCGCCUUCAUCUGCUCCGUGCAGGGGAUGAGAGAGCUGCUGGGUGACAAGUCCAACGUGUUUCUGAAGGAUCCAACUGACUUGAUGACCAACAUGUACGGGGACACCGUUGUCACCACGAAUGGCGAGGAGGCGUGUCUUCUCCGUCUGUCUCUCACCAGCCUGUUCACAGGAAGCUGUUUGAAAUCAUCAAAUGAGUACAUCACCAGUGUGUGUGAGCGCUGUCUCAAGGACCUCUCUCUCAGUGGGCAGCCUCAGUGUGUUUACACUACCUUUAAGCGCUUGGGCACAGAGUUGGUGUUGGGCCUUUUUCUGAACGUACGAGCAGAGGAGCAGCCUGAACUUUUCCAGGAAAUCAUGCAGCUCUGCACCCAGCAUUGGCAUGGUCUGAUCUCUGCUCCGGUCAAUGUGAAGGUUCCCCUGUGGUCUUCAGGUUUCUCCAACGCUCUGGAAGCCCGAGACAAACUGAUGGACAUCAUCAAAGACAAACUGGAGAAUGACAAACAGGGUUUUGUUGGCUCCCUUGGUUCCUUGCCGCUGCCCGACUCCAGUUCUGCCUCCCAGCAUCUCCUGCUGUUCAUCUCAGCUCUGAUCCCCAAAGCUCUGGCAUCUCUGCUCACCUCCUUCACACUGGCACUCAGUGGAGAGGAACAGAUUCGUCGGCGAGCGUUGGAAGACCCUGAUUACCUGCGCAACGUACUGCUGGAGGUUCAGAGACUGUGGCCUCCUUUCAUUGGUGGACGCAGAUUAGCUGAUCAGGACUCCACGCUCGCAGGGUUUCAUGUCCCAAAGGAUUAUGGUGCAAUCUAUAUCAGCCACUCUGUCCACAGAGACCCAGAGGUGUUCCAGCAGCCGGACGACUUCCUGCCGGAGAGAUGGAGCGGAAGGAAUGCAGGGCAAGAGCACUUCCUGUGUUCCUUCGGCAACGGGCCCCGAAGCUGCAUUGGAACUAAGCUUACAGAUGUCUUCCUCAAGGAAGCGUGCAUGUACCUGUUAAAGCACUACGACUGGUGUUUGGACCCUCCAUCACAGGACCUCGAGUACAAAUGGCUGCCUGUGUCUCGCCCCGCCAUCCCCCCCACCAUCUCCUUCACCCCGACUGGAUCAGACCAGAUCUGACAGGAGCGACACCAGCUAGGGAUGCACAGUAUGUUUAGUGAUGUACCUGAAAAAAUAGACAUAAGCACUAAAAAAUGUAGCUAGAGGCCGAAUAUGCCUGUCUACAAUGUGCAGCAUAAGCUGGAAAAUAUGUGAACACACACAGAGGGAAGCCAGCAAACUGAGGUUUCCCCCUGCUGCGUGUAAUACAGUAAUCGUCCUGGGGAAAGCCGAGGAGUGUGCUGGUUUCACUCUGUGUUCUUCUGCCAGAUAUUCUGCAGCUUUGCUUGAUGAAUCUGCAACAGAAGACAAAAAAUAAAUGACUCAUAAUCGUUUUUCCAUUGCGGAAUUUGACUCUGGUAGACAAUCCUUUUUUUUCUUGUUUAUGUUUUUAAUUAGUUGUCUAUUACAGUCUAAAAUGAUUUAGCAGAUACAAAUUACAUAUUAACCUAUUUGUCUCAUUUAACAAGUCCUUUAAAAUAGAUAUUACACCUUCCUUUUUCCCGUGGUGGAGUUUGCUGUGAACAAAAGUUAAAAUUACCUCCAAAACGGCAGCUGUUAUGUAAUAGAAAUAACAUGUUUUGCAGUAUCAAUAUUUAAGCCAAAUAAAUCCAAGGGAACACACACACGUGCAUGCACACGCGGAGAGGUAAGCCCUCAGAUUUCAUACCCAACUGCAAACCUGUCUCCCCUCCCCCUUCCACCACCUAGCAACCACUACUGCUUAGCAACAGUUCGUCAUACUGACACUGACUUUAGUAUGCAAGUCUCACACACACACACACACACACACACACACACACACACACACACACACUAACCUGGUUAUUUUUGAAAGCAGUUGGCAGUGAUACACACGCCAUCUGAAUCACAUGUAAAUGAUGCCAGAAGGCGUUUGAGAGCGCACGCCCCAAAAUUUUAAAUAACCUGAAUGAUUUUUCAGCUCAUGAAUCAUAAACCAAACUUGACUCAUUCUGUGCCUGCUACACUGAUAACAACUAUUUUAACUACCUAUUUAUUAAUUUCAAGUAAUAUCCAUUACAUAUCAUGUAUGUUUGCUUUUGUCUAUUUAAGUGCUGUAAUUGUUAAAUGUCUUUUUGUAUGUCCUUUAUCAAGUUUUAACAAACAAAACAGUGUAUUAACAGUGUCUUAACUUUAUGUAUUGUUAGUUAGUAUGGUUUCUCAACUUUGAACAUGAACCUGUUUUCUUUGUUUUUAGUAAAAACAUUUGGAGCAUUUCACUUUAGUUUCCUUUGUUUCUGAACUCUACAACAUGAUCACAUUUCUGUUUUGAACACCUAAACAUGUCCAUGGUUAAAACUGGAAUUACUUAGUUAGAUUUAGGUAGCACACCGACAUGGUAAGAAAAAGAUGUGAUGAUCUUAUUGUGACAUGAUUAAACCACGUAACUAAACCAACAGUUACAUUUGAUUUAUAAUAACUGAAUCAAAUAACUCAACGUUGACAUUGUUUUGCACACAGGCCCCUUGGUAGAAAGUCAACCCUCCCAACCUACGCCUAAAAAGAAUUGCAGGCACUUCUUCUGAGCAUGUUAUAUCAUCAAAUACUGCUGCAGCAUGAAAUAGACAGGAAAGGCAAAAAAUGUGUUAUUAAAACAUGCAAAAUGUAAAUUGUAAAUAUAUAAAGUGAUUUUUUUUUUUACAUUUUUAAGAUGUAAUUUAGCCAGAAUCGUUAUUUGGUUGAACUGCUCACAAAUCAACAAUGUUCAGAAUUUUAUCUUGGUGUCACAAGCCAAAUUGUUUAAAACAGUAAGAAGUUAGCAGCUAAGCUAACCAAUAACAUGUUUUCUAAUUGCUUUCACCGACAUUGUAUCAAAAAGAGAAGAUUGAAAGUAAUU